AUGGUUCAGGCUAGUUUUUCCCUACUCAUGGCAUCUUGGAAAUUCCCUAUUUCAUAUAUUGUCAUUUCCUUGUUUACUUGCUCUUUUGCCCGCACAUUUACCAUCACCAACUACUGCCCCUAUAAAAUAUGGCCUGGCACGCUAGCUGGUUCAGGACAACAACUUCCAACCACAGGGUUUCAACUGGAUUCUGGCCAAAGUCUCAGGAUUCCUAGCAUUCCAGGAUGGUCAGGUCGGAUUUGGGCAAGAACCGGUUGCACAUUUGAUGCAUCUGGCAUUGGCUCCUGCCAGACAGGAGAUUGUGGAGGGAGAUUGGAAUGUGAUGGGAUUGGAGCCAGCCCACCAGCAUCACAUUUUGAGAUUACUGUUGGAGUUGCAGAUGAGAAAGAUUUUUACGAUGUCAGCAUUGUGGAUGGUUACAACCUGCCACUAGUCGCAGAGCCAAGAGGAGUCCACAGUGGCUGCAAUGUCACAGGCUGCACUGCAGAUGUCAACAUGGGCUGUCCAAAAGAACUUCAGGUGAUUGGUAGUGAUGAAGGUGAAGGGAGAGUGGUUGGGUGCAAAAGCGCUUGUGAGGAAUUCGGACUAGAACAGUAUUGCUGCAGCGGAGAAUUUGCCAAUCCAUCAACUUGCCGGCCAUCCUUCUAUUCAAACAUAUUUAAGAGAGCAUGUCCGACAGCCUAUAGCUAUGCAUUUGAUGAUAGAACCAGCACUUUCACAUGCCAGGCCUAUGAAUAUGCCAUCAUUUUUUGUCCCAAUGGGAUGAAGGGAAAGAAUGAUGCACCAACAGCUUUACCAAUUGAAGAAUGCAAUAGAAAAACUGCAGCAACAGUUUCAUCUUCAGCAACCCUCCUACCUUUCCCAAUCUCACUGUUUCUUCUUAUCCUCACUAUGUAUUUCUAG